GAUGUCUGCGCCCAUGAUUUCCACGAGUUUUCACAAAAAAGGCCGUUCUAAAGCGGUCCAGAUCCCCGGGACACGUCCUUCCAUCCACAAUAACCAGUUACUUGUAUCUACAGGUGUUCCUUCACUUGACAGUGUCAUUGGUGGAGGGCUUGCUGUUGGAACAGUCCUUCUCAUUGAGGAAGAUGUCUACGGAAACUACAGCAAAGUUCUCCUGAAGUAUUUCCUAGCUGAGGGUGUGGUCAAUUCACAUUCACUGUUUGUUGGAAGUGCCGCUGCCGACUUAGACUCCGAAGCCAUCUUGAAGGAGCUUCCGGCCCCUAUCAUUGAUGAUCCUGGUGAGGAUGUCUCCAAGUCUGCAGGUGGUGACGACUCUAUGAAAAUUGCGUGGAGAUACCAGAACCUUCCACAACACCAGAGUUCUAUGCCAGGUGGUUUAAAAUUUGGUCACUAUUACGACCUGACAAAGACAAUGGAUGAGAAGUUUGUCAGUGGUGCUGACAAGUAUUUAUUUGAUACUCACAACGAGUGUCCAAAUGAACAGCAAACAAACGAUAGCAUUAUGAACCCGUGCUACCAAAAAUUACUAGCCAAGAUAAAUGCUAAGAUUCAAGAGGGAGAGUUCAGCACUGCAACUACAACUAGUGGAAAACGAAAUAUUCUAAGGAUAGGUCUGCAUUCGUUGGGGUCGCCACUGUGGGGAGAGAGUGGUGUACAGACAGAUGGGUCAUGUGACCCCUCCUUGCCUCGUUUAUUAUAUGCUCUACGCUCUUUAAUGCGAAGUGCGUACGCCGUCUGUGUUCUGACUGUGCCUACCCAUUUGUUUCCGGAACAGAAUUUUGUACGCCGGUUAGAAAGACUUUGUGACACUGCUGUGCAGCUCGAUUCGUUUGCUGGUUCGCCAAAGGAGAAAAAUCCUGCCUUCAAAGAUUAUCAUGGUUUAUUCAACAUCCUCCAGCUACCCAGAUUGAACACUCUAGUGUGUCACAUGCCAGACUCAUUAGAUCUUGCCUUCAAGCUGCGGAGGAAGAAAUUUACUAUUGAGAAAUUGCAUCUUCCACCUGAUUUGUCCGAGACGGCGAGUCGAGGACCCCAGGAGGAUCCUGUAGCUAAGAUGGGUUCAGGAGGUUGUGGAACUGGGACUGGAAACUCAAAAUUAGACUUCUAGAAUGGACCGUUCGAAAGUCGAAGGGACAUGUUGAAAGUGACAUUCAUCACGAUAUGGUGCAUGGUGUUGUACAAUCUAAAGUGCUUCCACUUUGUUAGACAUGAGCUUAAAAGAUAUGUGCUGAAAGAUUGUUGUGUCCAUAUUUAAAUACAAUGGCCAAUGAA